AUGCAUUCAAGUGGACAUAUCGAAAAGCAAAACGACUUCGAUCAUAGUACAAGUGAUGAUCAGCACGGCAAUAGUGCCGUUUUUGGCCGUGCUAUUCGUUCAGCGGCCUCAACGCCCAAGUUGAAUCCGAAUCACGUCUCUAUCAACGAGGAACAUAAACACAUUGAAGCUGAUUCUAGCUGGCUGGACAAACGUCAACAAGAAGUUCAGAGGGCAAAUUGCUCUGGAUGCGUCCAACAAAGAAAAGUGAUCCUGGAUCUGCUGAAUACCCAGCAGCGAUUCUCAGCUUCUGCGUCUGGCAAUGUCGCAGCAGCCGAGACCUACGAUGGAAAGAGAGCCCAGGUGCAGAAAAUCGGCGAUAAAGGCGGUAUCGCGACCGUGGAUGGCCAUAAAGCUCAGUUGAGAACAAAAGAGGACGACAGUGGACGGCAUGCUUUCCUGAAAGCUGACGGGAAAUAUGACCUCGACACGGUCGCUUCUGGUGAUCUCAAAGAUCCUGCUAAAACCUCGUUUGCGGCGACAAAUGACCGGUUCGAUUUCAAACUGAACCCGAAAAGCCACGACAACAACACCGGUACCGGAACCCUCGGAUUCAACGACAAGGAAAAAGGCAAGAGCGGCAACUAUGCGUACACCAUUUACCCAAACAGGAAGAAAAACCGAUGCGACACUGUCAGCUCAUGA